UUUACAACUCCUGAAUGACAUGGUAUUUACUGUUCACAAUAAACCACAGCCAAACUAUGUACCUAUUCUAGAAAUUGGAUCUCCACAAAAUUUUGAGGAUAUAAACAAAAUGCCUUCGCCAAGAGUUAUAGGAACACAUGUGCAAAUGGACAGUAUUCCAAAGUCUAUUUUUAAAAAUGGAGCUAAGAUAUUAGUGCUUCUUCGGAAUCCAAAAGACACAGCUGUAUCUUGUUUCCAUUUUUAUAAAUCUAAUCCAAUGCUGCCAACUAUCGAUUCCUGGGAUGAUUUCUUCCCAUAUUUUUUGAGUGGCAAAGUGUUCUGGGGAUCCUACUUUGACUAUGCUGCUGCUUGGAAUAAGCGAGCUGAUGAUAAAAAUGUUCUUAUAAUGAUAUACGAAGAGAUGAAAGAGGAUUUAGUGGCUGCUGUAAGGAAAAUAUCCACCUUCUUUGGGAUGUCUCUUACUGAAGAUCAAGUUGACCUCAUUGCCCACAGAGGCGUGUUUAAGAAUAUGAAAGAAAAGUCUACAGGAACUUAUGGGGAAUUUGGUCAGGCUCUUUUCCGGAAAGGUGAUGUUGGUGACUGGAAGAAUCAUUUUUCUGAAGCUCAAAGUCAAGCUAUGGAUGCAAAAUUUCAACAAUGUCUUGCAGGAACCAAAGUAGGGGAAAGGAUUAAAUACAACGUAUAUUGCAAAUGGUGACUCUACCCUAAAUAUCUAACCGAAUAAAAAAAAAAUCUGUCUGAGAAAUAAUUAUAAAUCACUAGCUUAGUAUCACAAUAAUGAUUUUAUAAUACAUACAAAUAUAAUAUUUCUCUUCAUAAAAUACUUAUUAAAGGUUUCUGAAAGUCAAAACGUAAA